UUGUGCUUACUUUUGGCUUUCGUAGCAAGGCAUAAACCAUGUCUGAGACCGCUCCAGCGGCUCCCGCUGCCCCUGCUCCUGUGGAGAAGACACCCGUGAAGAAGAAGGCGAAGAAGACCGGCGCCGCGGCGGGGAAGCGCAAGGCGUCCGGACCCCCGGUGUCCGAGCUCAUCACCAAGGCUGUAGCCGCCUCCAAGGAGCGCAGCGGCGUGUCCCUGGCCGCGCUCAAGAAGGCGCUGGCGGCCGCCGGCUACGAUGUGGAGAAGAACAACAGCCGCAUCAAGCUGGGGCUCAAGAGCCUGGUGAGCAAGGGCACCCUGGUGCAGACCAAGGGCACCGGCGCCUCCGGCUCCUUCAAGCUCAACAAGAAGGCGGCUUCCGGCGAGGCCAAGCCCAAAGCCAAGAAGGCAGGCGCGGCCAAGGCCAAGAAGCCCGCGGGCGCAGCCAAGAAGCCCAAGAAGGCGACUGGUGCUGCCACACCCAAGAAAGCCGCCAAGAAGACCCCCAAGAAGGCGAAGAAGCCCGCGGCGGCUGCAGCGGCCAAGAAAGUUGCCAAGAGCCCGAAAAAGGUGAAGGCAGCUAAGCCCAAAAAGGCAGCCAAGAGUCCAGCGAAGGCGAAAGCCCCCAAGCCCAAGGCCGCCAAGCCGAAGGCGGCCAAACCGAAGGCCACCAAGGCAAAGAAGGCCGCCCCCCGGAAGAAGUAAAGUGGCGCGUCCUGCUUUGAAAAUCUCAAAACGGCUCUUUUCAGAGCCACCCACAGAUCUCAUUCAAAAGAGCUAAACUUUAGAUAAUGUUGUAAAUUGCCUCUUGUGGCAUUGGUCAGCUGACUCCAGCUUUGCGGUCUGAA